AGUAGUAGUAGUAGUAGUAGUAGUAACAGUAGUAGUAGUAGUAGUAACAGUAGUAGUAAUAGUAGUAGUAGUAACAUUAGUAGUAGUAGUAACAGUAGUAGUGGUAGUAACAGUAGUAGUAAUAGUAGUAACAGUAGUAGUAGUAACAGUAGUAGUAGUAACAGUAGUAGUGGUAGUAGUAACAGUAGUAAUAACAGUAGUAGUAGUAGUAGUAGUAGUAGUAGUAGUAGUAGUAACAGUAGUAGUAACAGUAGUAGUAGUAGUAACAGUAGUAGUAGUAGUAACAGCAGUAGUAGUAGUAGUAGUAACAGUAGUAGUAGUAGUAGUAACAGUAGUAGUAGUAGUAGUAACAGUAGUAGUAGUAGUAACAGUAGUAGUAACAGUAGUAGUAGUAACAGUACCAGUAGUAGUAGUAACAGUACCAGUAGUAGUAGUAACAGUACCAGUAGUAGUAGUAGUAGUAGUAGUAGAAGUAACAGUACCAGUAGUAGUCGUAACAGUACCAGUAGUAGUAGUAGUGGUAGUAGUAACAGUAGUAGUAGUAGUAGUAACAGUAGUAGUAGUAUUAACAGUAGUAUUAACAGUAGUAGUAACAGUAGUAGUAACAGUACCAGUAGU